UAUGACUACAUACACAUACUACUAUCCUACCCGCCCGCCCACCACAUCACACCACAUUCGCACUUUGCCACCCCGCGCCAUUGAGGCAGCCUCGCAGCACAAGACACGGGCGCCAUCACUCGCCAGUCAAAGGUACUGCCCAAUUUCAUACUACGCCUCCCUCUAGUCAACCCAGCAAGCAAACACCCAAAAAAAUUAUGGGAGUCAAGCGCUCACACCGCGACUCGUCGUCACCAGACGCCCACAGCACCUCGUACUCACGUGAGGCAUCGGUCGACAUCAAGAUUGUCCAGCUAGACGCCGAUUCCGCUGUAUCACACGAGCACGCCGUCAUGAAGUGCUCACUGCCCCCGCACGACCCGCUUACCUUUGCUUCCAUUGAGGAACACGAUGUCCACUAUCAUCAGUUCCACAUGAACCGUUGCAGCGAAUGCCACAAGAACUUCCCAGACCAGCACUACCUGCACUUGCACAUUGCAGAGUACCAUGACCCCAUUAAUGCUGCCAAGCGGGAUCAGGGAGAGAAAACGUACGCUUGUCUUUUGCCAGAGUGCGAUCGGCUAUGCAGCACGCCUCAGAAGCGCCGAUUACACUGCAUAGAUAAGCAUCAGUUUCCCCGCGAGUACGAUUUCAUUGUCGUAAAAGAUGGCAUCGAUAGACGAAGCAGCAUGCUGAUACCCCCUCACCGACGGAGAAGCUCCACAUUGAGCUCAGCAGGAGGUGCCAGUGGAGCGACUGGGAGGAAGAGAGGUGAGUCAAGUGCGAGUACAGUAGAUGACAGUAUGGAUGUCGUUCGCGGCCAAGACGAAGAUGAGAAAGAAGAACACAACCAGGGAGAGGCUCGACGCUAUCCUACCAAGCUUCAUGGACGUGGAGGGUUUGGCCAAGGUCAAAGCCCCGGUCGUGCAAUUGGACGUGGAAGUCCCCAAGCGACUGUCUCUCCCAAAUACACCUCAUCAGUGCAAACUGUAGACCCCAUGGAUAGUCUAACGUCGAGUAUGUCUGCCCUCAAGUUCAUUCCUCACAGUGUACGUAUGGCGCGUGGCAGAGGAAGAGGGCAAGUGGUCUAGAAGUCGGUAAAACACGAUACAAAUUUAAGGCUAGGACUCCA